UUGGGAAGGAGAGGAUUUUGUGGUGGCAGUUAAUCCGUUAAUAUCUGUCAUUCUCUUCCCUCCAAACCAAGGUGUCUCUUCUUCCAUGGCUUUAGCUUCAGUCACGAUGAAUCUUCCCUUCAUUUCAACUCAUAAUAAUUAUCACAAUCUUUCUUCAAACCCAACUUUCUCUCCUCUCUGUACUAAUAAUAACAAUCCCUCUUCUAAUUUCUCACCAUCAUCUUCAUCUUCUUUGAAUUACAUCCAUUUUUCAUCUUCAGCUGUUUAUUCAAAGCAACUAACCAAUUCCCAAUAUGUCCAUAAACCCACCCAAUUUAGCAAAAACCACAAAAUCAAGGUGAUAUGCGCUAGAAGUGAGCCCCUAAAGGUGAUGAUAUCAGGUGCCCCUGCAUCUGGUAAAGGGACUCAAUGUGAAUUGAUUGUACAAAAGUUUGGAUUGGUGCACAUAUCAACUGGUGAUCUUCUACGAGCUGAAUUAUCAGCUGGUACAGAUAUUGGAAAUAAAGCCAAGGAGUAUAUGAACUCUGGUCGCCUGGUUCCUGAUGAGAUUGUGACAGCUAUGGUGACAGCGCGAUUAUCAAGAGAAGAUGCAAAAGAAAAAGGGUGGCUUCUGGAUGGUUAUCCGCGAACUUUGGCCCAAGCAGAAACUCUAGAAAGAUUGAAUAUCAGACCAGAUAUCUAUAUUGUGCUUGAUGUUCCUGAUGAGAUUCUUAUUGACAGAUGUGUUGGUCGAAGGCUAGAUCCUCUCACAGGAAAAAUAUACCAUGUUACUAAUUUCCCUCCAGAGACCGAGGAGAUCAAAGCGAGGCUAAUAACUCGUCCUGAUGACACAGAAGAAAAGGUGAAAUCACGUCUGCAAAUAUACAAGCAAAACGCUGAAGCAAUAUUACCAGUGUACUUAAAUAUAAUGAAUAAGGUUGAUGGGAACCGCGGCAAAGAUGCAGUCUUUGAAGAAAUUGAUUCCUUGUUGUCACGUGUGCAGAAAGAGGAAGAAGAUGCAAAUAAAUUAGAAAAAUCAGAAAUUACCAGUACUCAAGUUGAUAUGGCAUCUUCGGGCAAGGACUGGAGAGGAAUACCAACUAGACUAAAUAAUAUUCCUCACUCAAGAGAAAUCAGGGAAUAUUUCUACACUGAUGUGCUUCAGGCUACUCAAAGAGCUGUCAAUGAUGGGAAAACUCGAUUAAAGAUAGAAAUCAGUAUCCCAGAGCUGAAUCCUGCAACGGAUGUUUAUCGAAUAGGUACGCUAAUGGAACUUAUCCGGGUACUUGCUCUUUCAUUUGCUGACGAUGGAAAGCGUGUCAAGGUUUGUGUCCAAGGAUCUAUGGGGGAAGGUGCACUUGCAGGGAUGCCGUUGCAACUUGCAGGAAGUCGAAAGAUAUUAGAGUACAUGGAUUGGGGUGAUUAUGGUGCUCUCGGUACCUUUGUCAAUAUUGGUUCUAUAGGUGGCAAGGAGGUUGAAAAACAAGAUGACUUGUUUAUUCUAGUGGCUCCACAGAAUGCUGUUGGAAAUUGCAUUAUAGAUGAUAUGAGAGCUAUGACUGAUGCUGCGGGUAGUCGACCAGUUAUUCUUGUCAACCCCAAACUAAAGGAUUUACCUGGCUCAAGCGGUAUCAUGCAAACAAUGGGUAGAGAUAAGAGAUUGGAGUAUGCUGCGUCAUUUGAAAUAUGCUACCACUUCCGACUACUCUACUAUGCAGGAACACAAUAUCCUAUUAUGGGUGCACUCAGGAUGUCAUAUCCAUACCCUUAUGAGUUAUAUAAGAGAGUAGAUGAAUCGCCUGGGAAGGAAAAAUACGUUGCUUUGGCAACAUUUGCAAGCAGGCCAAGCAUUGAUGAAAUGAACGAUGCAUUUGAAGGAAAAUCAAGAAAUCAAGAGAAAAAAGCAAAGGGAUUUUGGGGCUUCUUGAGUGGCAUACUUUAAGUGUUGAUGGAGAAUGCAUGAACAUCAAUCACAAAGGAUGCAACAUUUACAUCUGAACAUCCAAAAUUGAUGUGCUUUGCUUGAGCGAAGGGUCUAUUGGAAACAACCUCUCUACCUUGCGAGUAGGGGUAAGACUGCGGACUUACUACUCUUCCUAGGCGCCACUUGUGGGAUUACAUUGGGUUGUUAUUGUUGUUGUGGUGGUCGUCUUUCUGUCUGUAUAUAUUUCCUUUCUUUUAGUUAAAGAGAGAACAACUAUGUGACUCUCAUGGUUGUACCUGUUUUUCUCUGUUGUAUGUUGAAGCGUCUUUAGUCUUUUCAAGUUAAGAAUAUUUUAGACUCAUCAAAUUUGAAUCCUAGAUUCGCCA